AUGGAGAGACAAUAUGAGGACGAGAGAAUUCAGGAGUUGGUGAAUACUGAUUGGCUGAGUUGCGGUGGAGGUUCUAGCAAAGGUAGUGGCAAGGUGAUCAGAAGGGCUCAAGGUGGCCGUCCUAGUACUAAACCGCCGAUGGGCUACAUCUGCCACCGUUGCCAUGUUGGAGGACACUUCAUCAAGCAUUGUCCCACCAAUGGAGAUACAAAAUAUGACACCAGGAAAGUUAAAGCCCCCUCUGGUAUUCCAAAAUCCAUGUUAAUCACCAAUCCGGAAGGUCACUAUGUUUUGUCCGGUGGGGAGGCUGCUGUCUUGAAGCCUAAUGAAGAGGCUUUUGAGAAAGAUAUGGAGGGCAUGCCUUCAAAAAGACCUACUUGGUCUGUUCAUGAUGUCCCACAGGACCUUCUGUGCCCUUUAUGUAAGAAUGUAAUGAAGGAUGCUAUGUUGACUAGCAAAUGCUGUUUUAGAAGUUUUUGUGACAAAUGUAUAAGAGAUCACUUGAUUAAUUCCAAGUUGAAGUGUGAGUGUGGAGCAACAGAUAUACUUACUGAUUAUCUUAUCCCAAACAUGACUGUAAGGCGUGCCAUUAAUAGGAUUUUGGAGUGUAGUACUAGCAGCAGCGGCGGCAGUGGUAGCGACGCUAAAAGCAUCUCUUUACAAGUUCAAGAUUUAGGUUCUGUUGAUCGCUGUCCAUCACAAACUAAUGCUGAAGACAGAGUAGAUGGCUUGCCCCAGAUGGCUAUGAAAGCUAAGACAGCAUCACAAGAGAGUGUUGGUGUGUCAGAUGAGGAAGUUCAGCAGAAGCUGGUUUGUGAUGAAAUUGGAAAGAAGAGAAAGAGGAAUGCUUCUCUAGAGUUUCAAGUUUAG